AUGGAUGUGAUUGAAAAAAUCAAAAUGGAUCAAAUGAAAGAGUUAAAAGUUGAGAUUAUCGAUAUGGUGGAAGAGAAGGAGGAAAUGGCGACACGAUAUAUUGACGAAGUGAAUAAAUUGCAUCGUCAGCUUGAACAUUUACAAGCUAAUUUAGUCGAAAAAGGUGACAUAGACGAGAGUCAAGGUAAAGAAACUGCCAAAGUGGAUGCUGAUGAAGAUACGAAGGUUGAGCAAAACAAGGAGAGUAUUAAUUGUGAUACACUAGAACACAAAGUGGAAGAGAAGCGAGUCGCUUUGGAAGACAAGUUGAAGCUGCUACAGAAUGAAGUGAAUGGUUUAAGAUCUGAAAAAGAAGAUAUUACAAAGUCAUAUUUAGACGAAGUAACGAAACUUCGAAAGGUGUUUACAGAUGAGAUUGAAGAGCUACAGAGCCAAAUUGAACGUAUGACAGCUUCUUUUAAACUGAAUGAGAAGACCAUCGGGAAAAAUAACGAACUACAGGCGCUACGAGAUGAGGUGAAAGACUUACAUGAGAGCGGUUGA